GUUCCCAGCAGCCCCUGAGGUGAGGCCUUCAGGGCCGCCUCAGUGCUGCGUGCGGAGGCCGAGGGGGCGCCAUGGACGAUGAGGAGGAGACGUACCGGCUGUGGAAGAUCCGCAAGACCGUCAUGCAGCUCUGCCACGAUCGCGGGUACCUGGUGACCCAGGACGAGCUGGACCAGACGCUGGAGGAGUUCAAGGCGCAGUUCGGGGACAAACCCAGCGAGGGCCGGCCCCGCCGCACCGACCUCACCGUGCUGGUGGCUCACAACGACGACCCCACCGAUCAGAUGUUCGUCUUCUUCCCCGAGGAGCCCAAGGUGGGGAUCAAGACCAUCAAGAUGUACUGCCAGCGCAUGCAGGAGGAGAACAUCACCCGGGCGCUCAUCGUGGUGCAGCAGGGCAUGACCCCCUCGGCGAAGCAGUCGCUGGUGGACAUGGCUCCCAAGUACAUCCUGGAGCAGUUCCUGCAGCAGGAGCUGCUGAUCAACAUCACCGAGCACGAGUUGGUCCCAGAGCACGUUGUCAUGACAAAGGAAGAAGUAACGGAGCUGCUGGCCAGAUAUAAGCUGAGGGAGAACCAGCUCCCACGCAUCCAGGCUGGUGAUCCCGUGGCCCGGUACUUCGGGAUAAAGCGUGGCCAGGUAGUGAAGAUCAUCAGGCCGAGCGAGACUGCGGGCCGGUACAUCACCUACAGGCUGGUGCAGUGACACGGAGCUGCCGGGUGUGGAAGAGCUGGGUGACUCCUCCUCAUCUACCCAUCCACCCACACUCGGACAUCUGCCUCUCCGUAGCUGGCCAAGCAAACCCUCUCUCUGCACUGCCUCUGCAUGCUCCUUGGCCUCAUGCCUUGUUUGCCAGUGAGGACGUUCCUGUAACUCCUUGCUCAGGACUCGAGCCAUGGAAGUUAUCUGAAGCAGCACAAGUGUGCAGGGAGGAAGCGAGUGGCAAAAGGCCUUUACUUUCCUGUUCUGUUCUAUAGACUCUUGUUUGAAUAAAGGUUUGCCCUCCC